UUUAUAAAGGGUUGGUAUGAAUGGUGGCAUAUAAAAGCGACCAUUUUCGCCAACCUCCUCCAUUUCCUUCGUCAAUAGCGUCAUGUCGCACAGAAAGUUCAGCGCUCCCCGACAUGGGUCGAUGGGUUUCUACCCGAAGAAGAGAUCGCAAAGACAUCGUGGAAAGGUUAAGGCUUUUCCGAAGGAUGAUCCUAGCAAGCCCGUGCACUUGACCGCGUUUAUGGGCUACAAAGCUGGUAUGACUCACGUUGUGAGAGAAGCCGAUCGUCCUGGAUCGAAGGUAAAUAAAAAGGAGAUUGUAGAGGCUGUUACUGUUAUCGAGACAGCUCCUAUGAUAGUGGUUGGUCUUGUUGGAUACAUUCAAACGCCACAUGGACUUCGUGCGCUUGCUAAUGUCUGGGCGGAACAUUUGUCGGAGGAUUGCCGCAGACGUUUCUACAAGAACUGGUACAAGAGUAAGAAGAAGGCGUUCACGAAAGCGUCGAAGAAGUGGCAGGACAAUCUUGGCCGCAAGAUUAUCGACAAGAAAUUCCAAAAGAUCAGGAAGUACUGCACGGUUUUACGCAUCAUUGCUCACACUCAGAUGAACCUAGUGGGACAUCGUCAGAAGAAAGCUCAUAUUAUGGAAAUUCAGUUGAACGGCGGUACCAUCGAUGACAAGCUGCAAUGGGCGCGCGAUCAUCUGGAGAAACCUGUUCCCAUUAGUACCGUGUUCAGCGCCGAUGAGAUGAUCGACGUGAUCGGAGUCACCAAGGGCAAGGGUUACAAAGGUGUCACGUCCAGGUGGCACACAAAGAAAUUGCCGCGCAAGACUCACAAGGGUUUGAGAAAGGUCGCCUGUAUUGGCGCGUGGCAUCCCAGUCGCGUGUCCUUCACCGUUGCGCGCGCUGGUCAGAAGGGAUAUCAUCAUCGUACCGAGAUGAACAAGAAGAUCUACAGAAUUGGACAGGGAAUCCAUGUGAAGGAUGGCAAGGUUGUGAAAAACAACGCCUCGACAGAGUACGAUCUUACUGAGAAGACCAUCACGCCCAUGGGCGGCUUCCCGCACUACGGUGAAGUGAACAACGAUUUCAUCAUGAUUAAGGGAUGCUGCAUGGGUCCGAAGAAACGUGUAAUCACGCUCAGGAAGUCUUUGUUGGUGCACACGAAGAGGUCUGCGUUGGAGAAAAUUAACCUUAAAUUUAUCGACACCAGCUCCAAGUUUGGACACGGUCGCUUCCAGACCGCUGCCGACAAGGCCUCUUUCAUGGGUCAACUCAAGAAGGAUCGUCUCCGCGAGGAUCAAGCGCAAGCUACCAGCGCGGCGCCAAGUGCCGCAGCAGCACAGUAAAAUUGUACACCUUGCUGUGUGCAUGAUCCAUGAGAAAAAAUAAAUUUUUAAAAAUUAUAAA